UUGUUAAGAUAUAUUUUAGUAUAUUUAGUUAUAUAUAUCAUCUAAAAAUGUCUUGGUUUAGCUGGAGGACGAGGCCCAGUUCCUACUUUUGGCUAGCAUGCAGCUGGUGUUCAAUGCUGCUGUUGCACUGGGGUGCGGGAUGUCCGGCAGCACCUGAAAGGCCACCAGCGAUCGACUGGGACUAUGAGUACCGAAAGGCAGGCUCUGACUUGAACAACAUGCUGGCGGAGGCGAUGCUGAAUAAUCGCCAGGAUGACCGGGUCAUUUUGGCGCAGCUUGCCAUGAGCGAUGGCGUGACGGACAGCGUGGUGUACCGGCCGAGACUCGGUGAGGAUGCAACGUUUAUGUGCGACGUGCCUGCCGGUAGUGACUGGCGUGAUGUGUCCUGGGUACAUCAGGAUCGCACCAUCUUUGAAGCAGGACGGGCGCUGCCGUUGCCGGUGGAGGACGUCUCGGGACAGGCCUACAACUUCAGCCGCGUGAACGACACUCUGUUCCUUGUGGUCGUUAAUGUCAGCAUGCGCUCCGGGGGAUCCAUACAGUGCAUCAGCAUUCCGUCGGGCCCCGCCUACACGUCUCACCGUCGCGUUCUGUAACGGUUCAUGCUCCUGCCGCUGAUCACGCGUCACACUGACGUUUUUGCGUCACCGGGCGCCUACCGGAUCGCCACUGAGGGUGAGCCCGUUUCGGUGUCGUGUACAAUCCGCCUUCCCUUACCGGAAGACAUCUACACAAAUCUGCACAAUCACGUGAUUUGGCGCCAUAACGGCCGCAUUCUCAAAGGGCCCUGGGAGGCGCCGUACGGCAACUUAAUGCCCGCAACGGGGCGCGCCCAAAUAAUACCGCACACGCCAUCCCCCAACAGACCCGGAGAACUGACAAGCUCUGUGUUAGACUUUGAGGCCAUUGGGUUAGCCGAUGCUGGUUAUUUUCAGUGCUUUUUUCGCCCCCACCGGGGCAUUCAUGAAUGGAUAUU